AUGACAGAUCAUUUUGCUCUAGGUCUAGGUGCUCUUCUUCUGUUGCUGCUAAGUACCAGUUGUUUCAGUUCUGAGCUUGAUGUCCAAUGCUUGAGAGACGUUCAGAAAUCAGUGAUUGAUCCAAAUGGUAUACUCAAGUCGUCAUGGAUUUUUGAUAAUGGCACUGCGGGUUUCAUAUGCAAAUUUACUGGUGUGGAGUGCUGGCACCCAGAUGAGAAUCGAGUUCUUGCAUUGCGUCUCAGCAACCUUGGUCUUCAAGGUCCAUUCCUAAAGCUCAGCGCCCUUGCUCGGUUACAAGUGUUCAAUGUUGCUGACAACCGACUAUCAGGGACUAUUCCAAGUUCUCUACGGAACUUCUCGGUAUCAAACUUUGCUGGUAAUGAAGGACUGUGUGGGCCUCCAUUAGGUGACUGCCAAGCUUCAGCAAAGAGCAAGAGCACUGCAGCAAUCAUCGGGGCUGUUAUUGGAGUGGUAGUUGUCGUCAUUAUUGGUGCAAUAGUUGUGUUCUUUUGCCUGCGGAGGAUACCAGCCAAGAAGAAGGCAAAGGAUGAGGAUGAUAAUAAGUGGGCAAAGAGUAUCAAAGGAACAAAAACUAUCAAGGCAAAUGCUAUCGAUAAGUCGCUGGUAGGGAAGGACGCUGAUGGUGAGCUGAUGCAGUUCCUGAAAGUUGCGUGUUCCUGCACGCUUGCCACCCCGAAGGAGAGACCAACCAUGUUUGAGGUUUACCAGCUCGUUAGAGCCAUUGGGGAAAGGUACCAUUUCACUGCCGAUGAUGACCUGGUGCUGCCACCUCUUAGCACAGACGGUGACGGUGUAACCCUCGACGAACUCAUUGUUGCCAAGUAA